CUGAAAACCCUAAAUGAGCCCAGAGGGUAGAUCCGCCUAUCGAUAUACAUGUGAAUGCGGCAGCCGCACUUCGGAUUUGAAUGGUGGGAAGCAGAGUGUCAGACGACGUCUCGGGCCCCGAAACUGGCGUUUUCCCGUCAAAAUAAAGGCAAGUCUGUGGAUAUUGGAGCGUCCGAAGGGUUGAUGGUAGAUUGGCGGAGCUGCUUUUACCGUGGUUAGGACUCAGUUGGAAAAGAGAGAGGAAAAAUUCCGGUCAGGACUAGGAGCGAGCAGAGCUGUCAGGACGCGGGGAGCGACUACUACACUACCGCUCAGAUCUCUGUUGUGUGUUCGGGCCGGCGUUUGCUUGGGAUUUUGAACUCUCCAAGGAAGGCGUGCAAUUCAGGUUUGAGACAGUGAACUUGGAAGUGGAAAAGGAGGGUGUAGGUGGAACGAUGCCAUGGAUUGCAAGAUGACAAGGAUUCUCCUCCAAGCAGUCAUCGCAGUGCUGGUGCUGAGGACAGCCAAAGCCACAAGAUAUCAACAAGAUGACUUCCCACCCAGGAUUAUCGAGCACCCCUCGGACAUUAUCGUGCCAAAGGGCGAGCCGGCCACCUUGAACUGUAAAGCGGAGGGCCAGCCCACGCCCACCAUCCAGUGGUUCAAGGAUGGUCAGCCCGUGGAGACGGACUUGGAGAACGCCAGAUCCCACAGGAUGCUGCUCCCCAGCGGCUCCCUUUUCUUCCUCAGAAUUAUCCACGGUAGGAGAAGUAAGCCGGACGCAGGACGGUACCAGUGCGUAGCUACCAACUACCUCGGAAGGGCAGUUAGCAAUAAUGCCACAUUAGAAGUAGCAGUAUUACGGGAUGACUUCAAGGAAAAUCCCCGUAGCCUUACAGUUGCAGUCGGAGAGCCAGCAGUUCUACAGUGUGACCCUCCCCGUGGCUAUCCGGAACCUAGAAUAACAUGGGAAAAGAAUGGAUUAGUUGUAAGAAACGAAGGAGAGAGAAUACGAGUUCUAGAAUCGGGCAAACUUAUGAUAUCAGAGGUGAAGAAAAGCGAUGCAGGGACAUACGUUUGCAUAGGGACCAACAUGGUCGGAAGACGCGUGAGUGAACAGGCCACGCUGUCCGUUUAUGUGAAACCUUCAUUUUCUGAGGCGCCAGAAGAUGUCACGGCUAUCGUCAAGGAGGACGUUGAGUUCAAGUGUAAAGUACGUGGCGACCCCGCUCCGCAGGUGUCAUGGAGUCGUGAGGAGAGCGCACUCCCUCUUGGAAGGGCCAGAAUUCUGGACAACAAGAACCUGAAGAUAGAGCGGGUGACUUCAGCCGACGAAGGCACGUACGUUUGCACGGCGGAAAACCUGGUGGGAAGAGUGGAAGGGAAAGCCACACUUACCAUCCACGAACGGCCGACCUUCAAGACGAAGCCCCGAGACCAGGUGAUCGGGCUGAACAGAAUAGCCACCUUCCUGUGUGAGACAGCCGGAAACCCUCCUCCUGCUGUCUUCUGGCAGAAGGAAGGAAGUCAGGUGCUGAUGUUCCCCAACCAGAACCACGGCCGCUUCAAGGUGACCAGUAACGGAGAACUGAUCAUCUCCGGUGUACAGAAGGCUGACGAGGGCUGGUACGUGUGCUCGGCCCUCAGCGUCGCAGGGAGCGAGACCGAGAGAGCCUACCUAAAAGUUGCUGUUUUGUCGGACAGACCACCACCCAUCAUCAGACAAGGCCCCACCAACAUGACCCUGAACAUUGGUGAGCUGGCCAUGCUGCCCUGCCAGGCGUCGGGCAACCCUGCACCCAGCAUCAGGUGGCUGAAGGACUCCAACCCCAUUCUGGCCACUGACCACCGCAUCAUGCUCCUGGACAGAGGCACUCUGCAGAUAUCUGAUGUCCGAAUUGGUGACUCGGGUAUGUACACCUGCAUUGCUUCCAGCGAGAGUGGGGAGACCACAUGGACGGCAUCUCUCAACGUCCACGAACCUACGGAUCCCUCACAGAUAUUUCCACCCAGACUCCAGCCUGAGUCCUCGGACUUGCCAGGCCCUCCAAACAAACCUGUCAUCAGUAACAUCACCAAGUCUAGCCUCCGCCUGACCUGGAGACCCAGCGCCAAAAGUGGAGCUUCUGAAGUCAGGUCAUACACAGUGGAAUACUUCAGCCAUGACUUGGGAACUGGCUGGGUGACUGUUGCCUCGGAUGUGCGCAGCACUACUUACAUGGUCAGGAACCUGCGUACCGCCACAUCCUACAUGUUCCUGAUUCGUGCACAGAAUGGCCAGGGGCUCAGCCUCCCCAGCCCUGUCAGCGAUGCCAUCAGAACAAAAGGAGACUCAGCCAUCCCCACCCUGAGUCCUGAAGAUCAGCAGCUGGUGGAACAGAAGCUACGCUCUGUUCAGAUUGAGAUGAGACAGCCAGUAGCCAUCAGUUCAACUGAAAUCCAGGUCAACUGGCAGGUGAGGAACUUCAAGGGGCUGGAGCGUUAUCUGCAGGGCUUCCACAUCAUGUACCGUCCCAGCUACAGCAACGCCCCCUACUCCACCGAGACGGUGACGGACAAGCGGGCCAGCACGGCCGUCGUGAACGGCCUGGCCAAGUUUACCUCAUACGACAUCAUGAUCCAACCUUUCUUCAACGAGAGACACCAGGGUCCUCCCAGUAGCCCUGUCACUUCCAAAACCCUGGAGGAUGCCCCAUCUGCUGCCCCCCAGGGGGUGACGGCGACGCUGGCAACCAAGGACAGCAUCCGCAUCCAAUGGGACGCCAUCCCCAGGGAUAAGGCCAACGGAGUCAUCAAAGGAUACCAGGUGUGGUGCCUUGGUAACGAGACCAGGUUCCACAAGAACAUGACCACCAACAUGACCUCUGUGGUGAUCCGUGACCUCAUCCCAGGCAUGCUGUACAGGAUCGAGGUGGCGGCCUUCACCACGGCGCCUGGCUACGGUCCCUCCAGCGAACACAGAUAUAUCCAGAUGGACCCGAAUCUGAUGGCUAGCCCAGGCGAGGUGAGCCUCAGCCUGGCCCAGCAGAUCAGUGACGUGGUCAAGACACCCGCCUUCAUCGCCGGCAUCGGAGCCUUCUUCUGGUUGGCUCUCCUCAUCUUCAGCAUCUGGCUGUACCGCCGCCACAAGAAGAAGAAGUCGGCGCUCCGUGGUGAUAUCGGCGGCAGUGGUACUGUGCCGAAUUACUUGUCUACUUUGCUCCACUCGUUCAUUUACACCCCAGCAGUAAAUCUUAAUAGAGACAGGGAUAAUGCUGCAGCACUGGCAGACAGCAACCACCACCAUCACCAGCACUGGUUGGACCAGUCAUGGCCGAACACGUCGGCACAUCACCACCCCAACCAGACGGGCUGCACCAUGACCACCUGCUGUAGCGGUAGUGGCGGCUCCAUCAGUGAGAUGGGCAACAACACCACGGGGAGGAAGUUUGACAUUAACGACAUGGUGUACGACAACCUUGGGAAGGAGAAAGCCAAGAUGCAGCCUGAGGUUGAGACGGGCGUGCCACCUUACAUGGUCCACAAUGCCAACAUGCCUCCGGAUGUCGAGAGCCUCCCGGAAUAUGCCGAGGUUGGAAACCAGCCCCAUCUCAAGACCUUCCUGACCAAGCAGCAGAACAUGAACCACCUGGGCUCCCCGGCCCCCUACGCCUCCACCUCCGUGGUCGACACCAACCUGAACGAGAACCUGAACCUGGAGAAGUCGGUGUCUGAGAACGGGAGCGAGAAGUGGAUGCCGACCUUCACGCGGGGGAAGAGGAAGAACGGGAGGAGGACGCCGGAUGCGUACACACCUGACCACAAAGUCAACAAUGACAUGUAUCCCCAGGAGAACUCGGAAGGCAGUCAGAUGUCCACCUCUCUGAGUAACCCCAUGUAUGACAACAGGCCCAGAAGCCCUUACAGUGAUGGGUCAGCCACAGAUGACUCCUCCCGUCGGCGGAGGAGAGCACAGAACAAGCCGCCGCCCUCGGCAGCCAAGCAGGCGGGGCCCCCGCUGAACUGGGCAGACCUGCUGCCCCCUCCCCCGGAACAUCCACCACCCAGCGAGGUGGACUCCCCUCCCGGUACCCCGCCCAGAUCUCCCUACUCCUCCUCACACAGGAGUGACAGGUCAUCAAAGAGACCUCCCUGCACCACCUCUCCCAGCCAUCUGAGUGACAAGUCCAGCAGUGACCGUGGACCCACCCCACCAGCUCGCACAUAUCGACACAACAACUCAGACUUGUCUUCCCCUGAGGAGCGUGGCCCCACCCCUCCGAAACGAACUGUAAAUGUACCUCCCUCCCCCGAUCACAGACCCACCCCAGAUUCCCCCAACACCGACGUGACGUUACCGUGCCUGCCGGCGCACCUGGAGGAUACGGGGCAGGGGCCGGGGCUGAGAAUCGAGCUGCCGGGGUACGGCUACCUGGACGCUCCGUCGGACGCGGACACCAGCGUGAGGGACGAGGACUUCGAGAACCGUGACUACGACAGGGAACGCCACCUGGGGGAACAGACGCCUGCUUCCAGCAUGGGAGAUCUGGAAAGCAGCGUCACAGGUAAUAGAGAUCUCCUUGACCAAGCAGAUGUAGAUGCAUUGGACACCGACUUUGAUGGUUUUGAUACAUCAGAAGUUGAAGCUAUUGACAGUCUGGAACCAUCUGAAUUUGAUGCCCUUGAUGGUCCCGAUAAUGACUUUCUCCUCUAUUACUUACAAUUCCAAAAACUUUUGGACUCGUGGGAAAACAUGGAAAGAAAUCGCAGGAGUAAGCCCAAAAGUCUGAAGCCUCCGCGAGAGAAUGGCAGAAGAUACUCAGACUCGAUGAUUGCUGGAUGGGCCUCGGCUACUGAUGACAACGACAGCGUGACGUCAGCCAGCAACAGGUCCAGCGCUGCAGAGUCGUCGGACGGGUCCUUCUUCACGGACGCAGACUUUGCCAGUGCAGUAGCGGCGGCUGCAGAGAGUGCAGGGCUUACAGUGCAGGGUUCUGUUGUCUCCGAUCCUAAUGCAGGUAAAAAGCAGUUCCCGGGAGCCCUUCGACACAAGAGGUCGGGCAGCCCCUUCAGUACAGAUAGCAAUGCGAGCGCAGCCCUGGCCCAGAAGCCCCGUCCACACCCGCCUAGUCACAGGAGGAGACAGGACCAGUCCAGAUCUGACUCUGACGGGCCCUCACUAAACAUAGGUGGAGAUAUUGCGCCCUCGUCAGAGUCUGAGCAGUCUUCCCGGCCUAAAACACGACCGGACGUCAGCCGCAAGCCCGCACCCAACAGGAGGCAGCGGCAAGAGCCAGAAGAGCUCUACUAUACCAGUCCCCACCACCACGAGUGGGGAGGGCAGCUCUCUCCGAGAAACGUCUAUAGAGAUGAGUUGUCGUCGUACGGUCGUGGAACGACCACCGCGGGCACCAACACGCCACCGAUGAGCCCGAACAGCACGUCAUCCAGAGGCUCCACGGGGAGACGGAGGGAGCGUACGCCGAGCAACCAGGGGAGCUUACGCAACGGCAGCUCCGGCAGGGAUGGGAGCAGUGAUGGGGGUUAUGUACAGGCUAACCCUAUAGCUUUCGAGAACAAGCAUGCUUGUUGAAGAGUCAACCUGACACGCUAAAGAACGACUCGCCAGGGCAGAGAAGAGAUGGGAUGGAUAGAAUCUUCAGUGAUAACAUUUCUACUCUUGUGUAAUUAGAAGAACACUGAAAAUCAGCAAAGUUGGCAGUACUUCAUGACAAAAGGAAAACAAAUUCAGUCCCCCUUACCCCCAAUGUACCAAUUCAAGAAACUGCUGUUGGAUGUAUAUGAAAUCUUCUUUGGUUUUUACUGUUAAUUUAACAUAACUCCCCCUAACUUAGUACAAGUAUUGAAAGUGCUGGUAGGGUCUGAUAUACAUGUAACCAGCAGUUUUGUAAAUUUAAGAACAGAGGAGAGAUUGUGGAGUGAACUUCUCAUUUGUGGUCCCUUCGACCACCUUCAUUAUUCACAUACAGAAUCUUUGUUUUGUGCAAAUAUUUAGCAGUGGUUAAUUUUUGGCUCAGCAAUAUCUUUGUACAGAGGAAAGCCCUGGGUAAUAAUAAAACACACAAACUACUGUGCAAAUUUCAUGAAGUGCAUCAGGAAGUUUGAAAUCCAACCGCCCCCCUCCCCCCAGCAUUGAUGUCUACUGUUGUCAAAGUGUGUGUAUAUAUUGAGGGACCAGAGGCAUUGCUGGGAGGCUACUAGAGAGGUGUUCCCCUCUCCAAUAUGAGGGUAACACUGUCUAUGCAGUGAUUGAUAUAGACCGUGGAUUUGGCUUUGCAGUGUUUUAUACAUAUUGCUGUAGUCCAAACUUGUUGUUUAAGUUAAUGAAGAAGAAGAAAAGAGAAAAAACAGUAACCCUACUGAAGUCAAUUAAAUUGUAACUAAAGAUGUACUGUGGCUAAUACUGUAAUGAAGUAUGAGUUUUCUCUGUGAGAGUUAUAUAAAUAUAUAUAUAUAUUUUUUGCUGACCCUUUGGCCUGUCCAUGACAAGUAGAUAUUUGUUUGUGUAUAUUUUCAUGCCGGCAGUGAAAGACAAGUUAUUAUUUUGGAAAAAAGCUUCCAAGUUUUGUGUACCAAGUUGUGAACCAACCAUAGUAGCUGGAAUCAUGUGUUGCGUAAUUUUUUUGCCUUUUUUGUUAUUUUUAAUUUUUGCUCUUUCACUGCCAUGCUGAGUGGUUAGAUCAUGUGUUAGAAGAUCAGACUGUGCACUGGUGCUCCGAAUGUAUUAAGCACUUCUUGUAGCUAAGCACGACACACAGUCAGACGAUCAUUCAACAAUGUAAUUUUGAGGGCUGCUCUCUGUACUGCAGCAUCUGUCAGCUGAAUAUUCCCAUGCCAACGUUGAACUCUGUAAAUAUCGUGAAAAGCAGGGGAAGCUUUAUGUAUUUAACAUUGUCAGCCCAAUGUUUCUGUGAAGAUAGAGUUUAUUGGUACUACCGUGUCCCAAACUUAACGUAGAUAUGAGUUUUCCCCAGUACGUUUGUUACCGUAAUUCUAUGUUGUUUCUCACAGUGAAAUUUACUACUAAAGCCAUUGUGUUGUACCUAAGAUAUAGUAGAGAUAUCAUAACAGUAAUCUUAACAAUGCAACAACAGUUUGUUUUAUACUCAAUGUCAGGCAAAAAAACUUGACUGUGUUUUUGUAUUUUGCUAUGGAGGAAAACUUCAGCUGGAGUAAUAAUGGUGUCUGACAUGAAUAACCUUGUACGGUACGUGGCUACGUAUUUGUGUAAAGUUUGACUGUUGUCAAGAGUUUUAUUUGACAGCCACUGUAACAGGAAAUAGUACCUGAUAUGGUAUCAAUAAAAGACCUACUUACACUUGA